CUUUGUCACAGAAGGUAACUUAUAUAAAUCCACAUCUAGCAAGUCUCAUCAUCUAACUCGCGAGUGCGUUUCGUAGAGCCCGCCGUAUUCCUAUCCCUUUACAAACAAUGUCGGAAGUCUUCGACGUAGUAAUCGUUGGCGGGGGAACAGCCGGGCUCGCGCUCGCUGCUAGGCUAUCCGAGGACCCCGGCUUGCAGAUACUAGUCCUCGAGGCCGGCGAGGACUUAACCGAGGAUCCUAGGGUCAGCACCCCCUUUUUGGGGAGUUCUCUCACCCGCAGCUCCGCCGAUUGGCAGUUUAGGACUGUUCCUCAGGUAGGACUGGGGAAUCGGGAGACAAUUGUUCCUCGUGGACGAUUGCUAGGGGGCUGCAGCGCACUUGAUAACUUUCUUUUCGCUGCGCCCUCUAGAUACAACGUUAAUGCCUGGGCUGAUCUGGGUAAUCCCGGUUGGGACUGGUCGUCCUUUUCCGAUUCCUUGAGAAAAACGUAUACGUUGACGAAGACUCCCGAGGAGGUGGAUGUCAAUGGUCCUCUCCAAGUUAGUUUCCCUGAAGAUACCGAGUGGCUAAGAGUAUGGAAGGCCACACUGGCCAAUCUUGGAUAUCCUACAUCUUUGGAUUCCCUUUCUGGGGAGUUCUACGGAGCUUAUCUGUCUGCCAUAAGUGUUGAUCCUGUCACCAAGCAGAGAAGCUACUCUGGCAACGCAUACCUUCAGCGAGCACGACCACGGCCUAAUCUGGUUGUUUAUACUGAGACACAUGUAGAGAAGGUCCUUUUUGAUGGAUCGAAACCUACCAAGGCGACUGGUGUCCAGUACAGCCAGGGAGGGAUUACGAAGAUAGCGACGGCUCGGAAAGAGGUCGUACUUAGUGCUGGCGCAAUUAACUCUCCGAAGAUACUUGAAUUAUCCGGCAUCGGAGACGCGAAGCUCUUGAAAUCACUCGGAAUCAACGUGGUAGUCGAUAACAAACAUGUUGGUGAAAACCUCCAAAACCAUCCUACGGUUGGUAUGUGCUUCGAGGUCGUGGACCAGAAAGGCUUCGAGACGAUGGAUGGUAUCUUACGGGGCGAAGCACCUGCUUUCGCCGCCGUCCAAGCAGAUUACGAGAAACAGGUUGGAUUCGGGACGAGAGGCAACCUCGAAGUCGCGGCACAACUGCCUGUGCCCGGAAUCGAAACCCCUGAAGGGAAACGGGAGAUCGAGAAAAUACUAAGCAAUAAUAAGGGGCAUCGAAACGACUCGGAAAAGACAACAGAAGCUUUUGUAAAAGCACACGAAAACUUGGUGAACUCGGUACUCGUCUCAUCUACAGAGCCUUCAGCUACGUACCUCACAACCCCCGGCUUCGCAACCUACGCCGCCGACGGCACAAUAGCCGGCCCACCUCCCGGUAACGAGAAAUACUACUCCGCCACGAUAACCCUCGCGUACCCUCUCUCCCGGGGCUCAGUACACAUAACAUCUCCAUCUCCAUCCACACCACCCUCCCCCUCCCCUCCCCCCGCCAUCGACCCCAAAACCCUCUCCCACCCCCUCGACGUCGAGAUCCUCGCGCGCCACGUGCACUUCCUCCACCAAACAAUCACGACCACAAACCCACUCUCCAGCCAUCUCGUCCCCAACGGGAAGCGCCACGCCCCCCCGCGCCCGGAUCUCGAGUCCGCUCGGCGGUACGUGCGCGAGCGGGCGACGGGCUCGCCGCGCGAUUUCUCGGGCACGUGUUCGAUGAUGGCGCGGGAGCUAGGCGGCGUCGUGGACGACCGGCUGCGGGUGUACGGGUGCGAGGGCCUGCGCGUGUGCGACGCGAGUGUUUUCCCCGUCGGCGUCGGCGCCGGCGCUGGGUCCGCGGCGAGCGUCUAUGCGCUUGCGGAGCGGGCGGCGGGGAUAAUUAAAGCGGAUUUGGGAUCGACGUAGGUCUAUGUACAUAGGGUUACAUACAUACCUACAUAUCUACAUAGUGCUAUCGAGAGGAUACCUAGAGGCAAAAGCUAGCGAUGGCUUCUGGAAGCCCACUUUGGAGUCUUCUCCAAAAGGUUUAUGUUAUGGUAUUGGGAUUUGACUAACUAACUAUUUCGAAUCUUCGAUGUGUUGCUAAUUUAAUAUAAUAAAUAUAUUUGCCCUGCUUAA